AUGGCAUCUGGUCAAAAUGACAGAAUUUCGGAAGACUCCAUGAGUCAGAAUCUUUCGCGAUUUGAUACCCAGGCCACUAAGAAGGAGAAGGCGACACUGGGAGGCUGGGUGAAGAAAAUAUGGGUGAAGACGGGCUUGGACCAGCAAACCAUCUUCUUGAUGAUCAAGGGUGGACUUGCGCCUGCAAUUGCUGUAUCUAUUUACCAAUCCACAUCAGUAGCGGAUGAGUACACCACGCUGGGAUAUCUUAUUGCGAUUGUCUCUAUCCUGGGUUUUGCCAUUAUGCCGCGAGCCAAGUUUAUCCAGAUGAUGAUCUUUGACGUUUUAGCUGUCUGCAUUGCAUCCUGUUUGGCCUUGUUGACAAUGUACUCUAGCGUCCAAGCACGCAAAAAUACAGAAUCGGGAACGACAUCAGCAUAUAACUCAUCGGCGUCGGCUGUCAGUGGAGUCUGGCUGUUCUUCCAGAUCUGGCUCGCUCAUACCUUCCGGGCCAAAUACCCGCAAUUCCAGUUCCCCGUCGUACUGUACUCGAUUUUCGCCAAUGUCUCCUCCAUUUACGCUCCUCAGGAAACUAGCAUGACCUCGGCAAUUGCGCUUGUACUGAAGCUGCUCAAGACAUUCCUCACUGGACUGGCCUUGUCGAGCGGCGUCUCACUGCUCAUCUUUCCGAUGACCUCUCGAAAGGCGGUCUUCAAGCAGAUGGGUAGCUAUAUUGGCAAUCUGCGAACGGCACUCAGCGCCCACGCUGUCUAUUUUGGAAGUCUGGAGAAAGACGAUAUGUUUGGACGCGCUGAAACGUACGAUUCAUCUCAGGAAAAAUGGGGUAAAAAGGGAAAAGUCUACAGUCCAGAAGCAGAAGCUAUCCGUGGUGCAAUUCGGGGGAUCACUGAUCUCCAUGGUAAGCUUCAUGGCGACGUCACCUUCGCAAAGAGAGAAUUCGCGCUUGGAAAACUUGGACCAGAUGAUAUCCAGACGAUCUUCCGUCAUCUGCGCCAGCUUAUGAUUCCAGUGGUGGGACUGAGUUUCGUUGUGGAUAUCUUCCAAAGACUCUCAGACUACAACAGAUGGAAUGAACCCCUUGAUCCAAAUGCCGAACCGAUCCCUGAUGAUGUUCGUCAACGGACUGUCCGCGAUUGGAAUGAUAUCAUGAGGGCGGUGCAUGACCCUUUCGCAACCAUGAUCCAUACAAUCGAUGAGGGACUUCUGCAUACUUCUUAUGUUUUUCAAUUUACGAAACGCCCCAAGCGAGUAGUCUCAGUAAUGACACCAAAUGGCAGCAAUGAGCAGGAUGGAAAAGAUGUUGAGGCCGAGGCUGGAGACACCGCGCCCGGUGAGAAGGGCUUUGCGGCACACUAUGAAAAGAAACUGAGUGAAUUUCGCAGUGCGAAAAGACUCGCACUUCAAACUUGGGCCGAGGAGAAGGGUAUCUCUUUGCCGACUGACUUUUUUGACCAUCCAUCAUCAGUUGAAAGUUUGAAAGGCGAUUUCUUCAACGCAUCAGCUUCAUACCAAGACCGAAGUCGACGUCAAUUGUAUCUCUUUCUUUACAUGGAACAACUUCUUUACUCGACUGGUCAGACCCUUCUAGGAUUUAUUCAAUAUGCUGACAGUGUUGCCGCAAAGGGCAAGUUGUCGCGAAACCGACUUAUCAUCCCUGGUGCAAAGCGUAGUUGGAAGUGGGCCAAGACAUUCUUUCACGCUGCCGAAUCCCAUGAAGACGAUCAUCUUGGUGAUAUCCACACGCAAAGUAGCGCUCUCGAGCUCGGAGAGGCUUACAGGCACCGCAAGGACCCGGAGCACCUACCUCCAACAAACCUAUUCCAAAAGGCUGGUGACAGGAUCCGGAUUGUCCCACGCUUCUUACGUUCGUUCGAAUCUACGUACGGAUUUCGGGUUGCGUGUGCCACAAUGACGAUUGCAGUUAUUGCAUUCUUGCACGAUACUCAGGACUUCUUUACAAAGCAGCGCUUGGUGUGGGCCAUGAUCAUGGUAAACCUGAGUAUGUCACCUACGUCUGGCCAAAGUGUGUUUAGCUUUGUGCUCCGAAUUGCGGGUACAACCAUUGCCAUGGUAGCCAGUCUUCUUAUUUGGUACAUUCCCGACCAGAAGACCCCAGGGAUCAUCGUUUUCCUCUUUCUCUUCGUGUCAUUCGGCUUCUAUAUCCCGAUCAAACUUUUCCGAUUCCGGGUCAUCGGGUUGAUCAGCGUAGUCACCACAACAAUGAUUAUUGGAUAUGAGUUGUCGGUGCGAAAGGUGGGCGAAGCUGUUGCAACCUCGAAUGGCCAAGCUUAUUAUCCAAUCUAUGAGCUGGCUCCCUAUCGGCUUGCUGCUGUGAGUGGAGGUAUAUUUGUUGCUUUCAUAUGGACAUUCUUCCCAUAUCCCAUUUCAGAGCACUCUGUGCUUCGGCAAAGCCUGGGAGCAUCCCUGUACCUCCUGGCCAACUAUUACUCCAUAAUUCACGAGACACUCUCCGCUCGUAUGCGAGGAGACGAAGGUGAUAUGACGUUGAAGAGCUCCGCAGGCCGCAAGCUGGAAAAAGCACGACACAAGGUCUUCUCGAAGCAGAUGAUUAUGUUGAAUGGACUGCGAACAUACUCUGGUUUUCUGAAAUGGGAGGUGCCAGUCGGAGGCAGGUUUCCAAAGAAGCAAUACGACUCUAUAAUCUUAUGCGUGGAAAAUAUUGUUAGUUACCUCAGUUUACUCGGAUAUGCAUCCGAUACCCUCAUGCGCCUUGGCGAUGACGAAGAAGAUGAAACGGGAUCUGUCUGGAUGCACGACUUUCGUCGGCUUGUGGGUACUGCCAAAGUCACCACCCACGAAGUGACGUCGCUUCUGUGUCUUCUGUCCGCCAGUAUCACGAAUCGACAACCAUUACCCCCGUAUCUCAAAGCACCCCGGCCAUACAGCUUUUCGAAGAGACUUGAAGCACUUGAUAAAGACAUUUUGAGUAUCAAGCAUAUUGCCGAGCCAGGAUUUGCUGCCUUUGCAGUCUUGCAGAUUUCCACUCGUUGUAUCGUUGGGGAUGUCGAACGACUCAUGCGACAUGUAAGAGGAUUGGUUGGAGAACUGGACUUCUCUUUCCACGCUGUUAGCACGACAGAUGCUAGCAUUACACAUUCUAGAAUGACUUCACGGGCCCCGUCCCGGGUCUCUGUCAAUGAAGUACAGGCGGCCGACCGUCAGAAGGAGGAUUGA